AUGGCUGAGGAAAAUCAAACUGAGCAAGUUACGGAGUUGACUCUGGCAGGACUGACAGACGACCCACGACUACAAGUGCCUUUGUUCGUCCUGUUCCUCCUCAUUUACUUCGUCACUCUGGCAGGGAACCUGGGCAUGGUCGUGCUGAUCAGGAGCAGCAGUCAACUUCAAUCGCCCAUGUACUUUUUCCUUAGCAAUUUAUCUCUCCUAGAUGCUUGCUACUCAUCAGUGGUGGCGCCGAGGACACUAAUGAACCUCCUCAUGGAGAAGAAAACAAUCUCUCUGGCUGGUUGCGCCACCCAGCUUUUUUUUUUCAUAGGUUUUGGGACCACCGAGUGCUUCCUUCUGGCUGCAAUGGCUUACGACCGCUACACGGCCAUCUGCAACCCUUUGCUUUACCCAUCCAUCAUGUCUCACAGGGUCUGCAUCCUGCUGGUAGCCGGUUCUUACGUGCUUGGACUGCUGCACUCUUUGGUGCACACGGACUUCACCUUCAGCCUGCCUUUCUGCUGGCCAGCUGAGGUCAACAAUUUCUACUGUGAACUCAUGCCUGUUCUAGCGCUCUCCUGCUCUGACACCCACAUCAACAGGCGUCUGGUAUUCGGCCUUGCGGGACUGGUGGAGAUGGUGACCAUCUUGGCGGUCCUUGUCUCCUAUGCCUUCAUCCUCUCUGCCGUCUCAAAGAUCAGCUCUGCUAAGGGCCGGUACAAAGCCUUCUCCACUUGCACUUCUCACCUGGCUGGAGUCACCAUCUUCCACGGGUCUAUCCUCGCCCUGAACUUCCGACCAAGGCCCAGCGACAUCCUGAGCACGGACAAAACCUUUUCUGUCUUUUACUCACUGGUGGUGCCCAUGCUGAAUCCCCUGAUCUACAGCCUCAGGAACAGGGAGGUGAAGAACGCCCUGAGGGAGUUUUUCAUGUGGAAGUAG